AUGCUGCACUUGAGGACUGCAAUUAUUGAGUCUGGGUUGUCUUCUACGUAUGCUGAAGUGACCACCGCAGAAAAAUAUGUUUUUGCCUCUUUCAUUGGGAUCACCAUAUUCGGCUCGAUUGAACUUGUGGUGCUUUGUUUCAUCACCUUCAAGCGAUAUAGUGGUCUUUAUUUCUGGAGCCUACUCGUUGCCUCCAUUUCGCUCGUCCCUCAAGCACUCGGCUUCACCUUCAUACUUUACCGCAUCGGCGUCUCGGAAUACCUCUCUACUGCGCUUACAGUAUUCUCCUGGUAUGCCAUGGUUACCGGGCAAGCACUGGUGCUAUACUCGCGACUCCACCUUGUCUGUCACAAUAAGAAGAUAUGUGACGGCGUCCUUUGGAUGAUCAUCAUAGACGCAAUUUGCCUGCAUGUCCCAACCACGAUUCUCAUAUUCGGCAGUGCGUCCAGCGAUGCCAACUUAUUUGUAUCUGCAUAUGGUAUAAUGGAACAUAUACAAAUUAUGGGAUUUGCUUUGCAGGAAUCAAUCAUCUCCGGGGUCUACAUUUGGGAAGUUGCCAGACUGUUGAGAAUACGGCCGCAGCGAAGCCAUGUUACGGUCUUGAAGCAGCUGCUCUGUAUCAAUAUUCUUAUUUUGAUGGUGGAUAUUGCAGUUGUGAGCGUCGAGUAUGAAGGAUACUGGGCCAUUCAGGUGGUCAUCAAGCCUUUUUCGUACAGUGUCAAACUGAAGUUGGAAUAUGCUGUCCUCAGCAGGCUCGUCAUCGUCGCACAAGGAAGCUCUGCACUGUCAGGGCCAUCUAGGGCCGUUGCAGACGUUGAGCAGCCCACUUUUUCACCUCACGAAAACUGUGGACCAGUUUUGGAAGAUUCCUCCUGUUACUCAAGCCGUGAUACAUCCAUUUUGAGACCCAAAUAG